AUGGAUAAGUACGGCCGUGCGAUAGAAUUGGCGCUUAAAGCUAGGGAGUUCUCUUAUUCUCCUUACUCCAAAUUUCGGGUAGGUUGUUGUAUUGAAACAGCCUGCGGGGAGCUUAUUACUGGCGCUAAUGUGGAAAACGCAAGUUAUGGAUGUACAACAUGUGCAGAGAGGUCUGCGGUUGUAACUGCUGUGUCAGCUGGCCAUAGGAACGAUUGGGUAUGCAUAGCUAUCAGUGGAGAUAAUUUGGAUGACUACAUAACCCCUUGUGGCUUUUGUAGACAAGUUAUAAGGGAGUUCACAGAUCCAAAGACUUUCCCUGUAGUUUUAAUAAAUGGCGAUGCAUCAAAGGUACGUGUGAUGACCUUAGAAGAGCUACUACCGCUCAGUUUCAUGGUGCCAGCUGAACAUACUACAUCACUUUGA